UUCAUUCAAAUAUAUCAUGUCUGUUUCCUUGGAACAAUCUUUGGCUCUUCACAUCAUCGACGCUUAUUUGGCUGAACACAAAUACAUUGAAUCUGACAAGGCCACCGCUGCUGAUGCUACUGUUGCUAAGGCUUUGGGUGCUGCUCCUGCUGCUGAAUUUGCUCAUGCUGCCAAGUGGUUUGCUGAAGUGAACAAGGAAGCUGCUGCUCCUGCUGCUGAAGCUGAUGAAGAUGAUAUUGAUCUCUUUGGUUCUGAUGAUGAAGAAGUUGAUGAAGAAGCUGAAAAGAUCAAGGCUGCUCGUGUCGCUGAAUACAACGCUCGUAAGGCCAACAAGCCCAAGCCUACUGCUAAGACCACCGUGACUCUCGAUGUCAAGCCUUGGGAUGAUGAAACCAACAUGGACGAAUUGACUCAAGGUGUCAAGGCUAUUGCUAUGGACGGUUUGUUGUGGGGUGGUCACCAAUUGGUUGCCAUUGGUUUCGGUAUCAAGAAGCUCCAAAUCAACUGUGUGGUUGAAGAUGACAAGGUCUCCAUGGAUGACUUGACUGAACAAAUUGAAGCCUUGGAAGAUUACGUUCAAUCCGUUGAUGUUGCUGCUAUGCAAAAGAUCUAAAAAUAUAUAUAAAUACGUGUAUAUCAAUAUGGUUUCAACUUACUUUAGUAUAGUUCAUUCCUUUCUCCUUUUUUUUUAUGUUUACAUAUUAUUAGCAUCAUUUGAAAUAAAGAAAUAUAUUUGAAUUCA